UGCCUGUUUCCCUCUACAUCCCAGCUGUGGAGAAAAUGGCCGCCACGGCGAUGAACGGAGCCGUGGCUGAUGCGAGCCUCACCGAGGCGAAAAAGAACGAGUACUUCAGCUCUAUCAACUCCAUGGCCAGGAAGAUAAUGCAGGAAAGGGAGAAGAUUAAGGAGAAGUACGGCUCGGCCUGGGAGGACAUGUCUCCGGCCGAACAGGACACGGCCAUCGACGACGGGAUGAUGGAGCCGAAGAUCCGCGCUCGCUACGCUAUGCACCGAAUGGACCGCGAAGAACUGGUGUGUUAUCCCAAAAUGCUGAUCCAAACCGGGCAAAAAAUAGUCCACUUCGGAGAGGAGGAUCUGACUUGGCAGGACGAACAUUCUGCGCCCUUUUCUUGGGAGACCAAAAGUCAGCUGGAAUUCAGUGUGAUCACCGGCACUUCCGAACCCGUCUCGUCUUCGUCUUCGUCCGUGACCGAAUCCAAACCCAAAACAUCUCAGAGCAGCAAGCUGCCCGGGAUCGAGGGCUCGGGAUCGGUGCGCCGUGACGAGGAGUCCGCUUUCUGGAAGCUGAGCGCCGAGAGGUCACGCCUGGAGGGCGAGAAGGCAGACUUCCAGUCGCUCACGCCCAGUCAGAUCAAGUCGAUGGAGAAAGGAGAGAAGCCGCUGCCGUCGUACCUGAGGUCUGACUCUGGAUCCAGAGAAGCGCAGGAACCUGCCGCGCCGCGUCCUGUCAAACCGAGAGUGUCUAAACCGCCGGCUCCUCCCCCUCCUGCACCCAUCAGCGUGACCCCGGCACCCCUGAGUGUGAACCCGGUACCUCUGAGUGUUACCCCAGCACCUGCUGCACCACUAGGAGGCUGGGAGAGAUCUCAGAGCACGCUGCCGUCCGUCAGCACCACUCUGGAUGAUGUCUUCAGUCCCGGCCUGGGCACCAAAGCACCAUCGGCGUCGACGAAAGACAGAGAGAAGGAAGACAAAAUGCAAACUGGAAGCCCCACGUUUUCACAAUACAACACGAGCAGCGCCAUCCUGAAGACCGGCUUCGACUUUUUGGACAACUGGUAACAUCGGAACGUGGCCUCAAGCAGCGGAUCCAUUCCAGACGACAGGACCUCCUCUUCCUCCAUCCUACACACACACACACACACACACACACACACACACAUAACACAACCGUUACAGAUAAACCCACAUCUUAGAACCUUUAAUAAAGCUACAAUUGGUAUCUCAUAGAGCUGAACUGCUGCUGCAUGUAGAUUAAUUAGUGUUACUCUACUUUAAGGAAUACUUUGGGCACUAACACUAAAAGACAUCCCUGCUGGGGCGGGGGGAAAAAAAAAACCCCAGUAGAAACCAUUACAGAAAUUCUAACGGGUUCCACUACAAAUACAAUUACAAACCAACUGCUAUUAAAACCAUUACCAUUAUUGGUUCUCAGUGGUAUCCUCUAGACAUAACAUGCCACCAACAGGUUACCAUUAGAGACCCAGAGGGACCGUUAAAACCAGUACUAUUCCCAUUAAAACCAUUACAAAUUCUA